AUGGGAGAGAGAAAGGCCCACAGACGAGAGCUGGCCCUUCUGCUGGGCCACAGCUACAAGUCAAGUGGGCAGUACGAUGUGACACUAACCACCCAUCUGCGACUACAACAGACUGAGUCUGCUGGAGGCAGAUCCUGGAGACUGGAACGGAAGCCAGCAGUGUGGACCAUUCACCUGAGUGACUAUCAGGUGGAGGGGGGUGGUCAGCUUCCUCCUCAACUCAAAGUCAUUGCAACCACAGAUAACACUAACUUCACUGUCCCACACAGAAAAUCAGAGAUGAUUGGUCUUACAAAGGGGGCAGGAGCACAGGGAAAAUCAACCAUGUUGAACACCAUCUUUGGAGUUCAGUUCAGUGAGAAGUGUGGAUUUCGGUACUUUCUCAUCGUUGACACAGAAGGUUUACGUGCCCCAGAACUUGAUGCACUGAAAAGGCAAAGACACGACAAUGAGCUGGCAACAUUUGUCAUUGGAUUAGCAAAUCUCACCAUCAUUAAUAUCAAAGCAGAUAAAAAAGCAAUGCUGGGUCGCUUUGUAAUAAAGGAUAAAUUGGAUGCAAUGACAAGAAAGGCAGCUGAACAAGCAGGAUUAGUUGCCAACUUAUUCUGUGAUGUUAUUACAUUUGAUUAUGAGAAGGACGUUUCCUUUUUUCCUGAUCUGUGGACAGGAAGACCGCCAAUGGCCCAUGAAUACAGUGAAUGGUCACGCAGCUUUAAAAAGCAGAUGGAUGAAUGGGAACAGAAAGCCCAAAAUAUACUAAUGAGCUGUUUGAUGGAGAAUCUUCCAGCUGAGUACCAAGCAAAAAAAGCUGAACUCCCCGAGUUUGUCAAUGAUGAGUACAAACAAUUGAAAGGGAUGAUGGACAAAUACUUUGAUGAAAGCUCAGAGCAAGAAACAAUUGCAAAGUGGAAGGACGAGACCGAAAGUGACCUCAAAUACUUGAAGAAAAAACUGGAGAGGCAUGCAGCUGAGACCUGUGACCAGUUGUUCAACUUUAGAAAUAACCGCGCAAGAGCAGAUUCGAAAUAG